AUGAGCUCAACAUCGAGAACAGACGAUGUCUCCAGUCGCAGGACUGGCCCUGGUCGAGCGGGUCUUAAACGUAACAGGGAGCCUGAUGAUGAAGAUGGACUAAGUGCUCCCUCUCCGGCUGUAGAUUUUAGGUCUUCUCCUCCCGCAUACCCAAUCCAACAUGGCGUUGAUGAUGACGAUGUUGAUAUGGAUGAGGAAGUUGCUCUUGAUAUUGAUGAUAUCGACGAAAUGGCCGACGAAGAAGACGGCAUCGACCUUUUUGCAGAUAAUUUUGAACGCGAUUAUGAACCACGGGAGAACGAUAAAUAUGAUGAAAAGGGCAUUGACGAUGAGGGCGAGUAUGCCGAUUUAGAUAUAGCAGAAAGAAGGCGAUUAGAAGCCCGCUUAAAUCGUCGAGAUCGCGAGCUGUUACGAGCAAGGCGCCUGCCUGCGGCCUUUCUUCCCGAUGAAGGUGAUGAGGCAGAUCUAGACCUUACUCUUCAGCCUCGACGUCGUAGACAUCACUAUGAUGAAGAAGAUGAUGAGGAUAUGCAAGAUGACAUAAUGGAAGAAGAACUCUCUCUGGAGACUCUACAAGAUGUCAAAGCUUCAAGCUUGGUCGAGUGGAUCUCUCAACAUGCAGUUCAGCGAACAAUCAAACGGGAGUUCAAAGCGUUUUUGACUGAGUACACCGACGACCACGGGGUGUCAGUUUAUGGUGGUCGAAUCCGGACACUUGGAGAGAUAAAUGCGGAAUCGCUAGAAGUUUCAUACGAUCAUUUGACAUCGUCAAAGGCAAUUCUAGCCUUUUUCUUGAUCAGUGCACCCGGAGAAAUGCUUAAAUUAUUUGACGAAGUAGCCAUGGACGUCACACUUCUCCACUAUCCAGAUUACGAGCGAAUUCAUUCUGAGAUUCAUGUUCGAAUUUCGGACCUACCAGUCCAUUUCACUCUCCGACAGCUUCGCCAAACGCAUUUAAACUGUCUAGUACGUGUCAGUGGAGUUGUAACUAGACGAAGUGGAGUCUUUCCACAGCUGAAACACGUAAUGUUUGACUGUGGAAAAUGUGGCGCCCGUCUAGGACCAUUCCAGCAGGAAUCAAAUGUUGAGGUUAAAAUCUCGUACUGUCAGAAUUGCCAAUCUCGAGGGCCGUUCAAUUUAAACUCAGAAAAGACUGUCUACCGGAACUACCAAAAGCUAACCCUCCAGGAGUCACCAGGCACAGUUCCAGCAGGCCGUUUACCACGUCAUCGCGAGGUAAUUCUUCUAUGGGACCUCAUCGACAAAGCAAAACCAGGAGAAGAGAUCGAAGUGACUGGUGUUUACCGCAACAACUAUGACGCCCAACUUAAUAACAAGAAUGGCUUUCCGGUAUUUGCUACAAUCCUUGAAGCAAACAACGUAAUUAAGUCCCACGACCAGCUCGCAGGAUUUAGGCUUACAGAUGAGGACGAGAAAAAAAUACGCACAUUGGCUCGGGAUUCACAGAUUGUCGAAAAAAUUAUUCAAUCUAUUGCUCCGAGUAUUUACGGUCAUACGGACAUUAAAACAGCCGUUGCUCUUUCGCUUUUCGGAGGUGUCGCUAAGGAUAGACAAGGAAAGCAUCAUAUUCGUGGUGACAUCAAUGUGCUUCUUCUCGGUGAUCCUGGUACUGCAAAGUCACAAGUUCUAAAGUACGUUGAAAAAACAGCACAUCGAGCAGUAUUUGCAACCGGACAAGGUGCAAGUGCAGUAGGUCUCACUGCGAGUGUCCGAAAAGAUCCUAUGACCAGCGAGUGGACUUUGGAGGGCGGUGCCCUAGUCUUAGCUGACCGGGGAACAUGCUUGAUCGAUGAAUUCGAUAAGAUGAAUGACCAAGAUAGAACUUCUAUCCAUGAAGCCAUGGAGCAGCAGACGAUCUCGAUUUCUAAGGCAGGAAUCGUCACUACCUUACAGGCUCGGUGUGGCAUAAUUGCCGCAGCAAACCCUAUCGGUGGUCGCUAUAACUCUACAAUACCUUUCUCACAAAAUGUUCAGCUUACGGAACCAAUUUUAUCGCGUUUCGAUAUCCUCUGCGUUGUCCGAGACACGGUAGAUCCUAGCGAAGAUGAACGUCUCGCUAAGUUUGUAGUCGGAUCUCACAGUCGCUCACAUCCGUCAUUCAAACCUGUAAAAAGCCCUGCUACGAUGGGUAACGAAGAAUCUUCUAGAGUGAUGGACGGUAAUUCACGGAAGCAGGCCGGCGAAAUUUCCCAAGAGCUACUUCGAAAAUAUAUUCUCUAUGCCAGAGAGAGGUGUAAUCCUAAACUAUACAACAUUGAUGAGGACAAAGUAUCCAAACUUUUUGCUGAUAUGCGAAGAGAGUCCCUAGCUACUGGCGCUUAUCCAAUUACAAUUCGCCAUCUCGAAGCCAUCAUGAGGAUUAGUGAAGCUUUUUGCCGCAUGCGUCUCUCUGAAUACGUCUCGUCACAGGAUGUGGACCGAGCAAUAGCUGUGACAAUUGCGUCGUUUGUUGGCAGCCAGAAGAUUAGUUGUAAGAAGGCUCUCUCCCGCGCCUUUGCCAAGUACACGCUCGCUAGGCCAGGAGCUGGCUCAAAAUCAGGCGCCACUUAUAACCUAGAAAGAAGUGAACGUGCUAGUCAUAUGGCCCCUCUAGCUGCAGUCCAAUAA